AGUAGCGGCUGUGAAUGACAGCGCUGGCUCGGCAUGAGCGGUUCCGGUUAUAGUAUACUACUGCACAUGUGGAGGAGUCCCGUGUACAGGGUAGCUUGUCCAAUCUAUACUGAGAGGCAGAGAGGGUAAUGUUGUAGCCUUCAUGGGGUAAUAAGCAGCCGCCAUGGAUGCAGCUGUCAGUGUGUUACACAGACUCUCAGUGGCCGGCAGCAGCGGGAGGAGGCAGCUCUGUUGUGUGCUGGGACAGGCAAGGACUUACAGCCUUCUCCCCGGCCAAGGACUUCGUAAGAGCUGCAUUACUUGGAUGCCCAGACAUGUACCCCGGAGGCGAGGGAUCCUCCCACACUGCAGCCCAGUAUAUCGCCAUAUACAGACUGAAACGUCCCAAGCCACAUUAGCGAGCGUCGCUCCAGUAUUUUCUGUGAUGAAAUUUGACAAAGCAGGAAACAUAACGUCGUUUGAGAGAAAAAAAACAGAACUAUACCAAGAGUUAGGUCUUCAAGCACGCGAUCUGAGGUUUCAGCAUUUAGUGAGCAUCAACUCCAGAAACAACAAGAUCAUUUUAAGAAUGGAGUUUCUAAAAGCAGUUAUAACCCCGGAGUAUCUUCUGAUGUUGGAUUACCGGAACCUCCACCUGGAGCAGUGGUUCCUCCGUGAGCUUGCCCCACAGCUAGCAGGAGAGGGACAACUAGUCACGUACUCCUUGCCAUUUGAAUUCAGAGCCUUGGAAGCAAUCCUGCAGCAUCGGAUUGGCACUCUUCAAGGCAGACUUCAGUAUUUACAACCUCAUAUCUUGGAAACUUUAGAAGCAUUGGUGGAUCCCAAACUCUUGUCAGUAGACAGAAGCAAAUUACAUAUUCUGCUGCAGAGUGGAAAAAGUCUUUCAGAGUUAGAAACCGAUAUUAAAGUUUUCAAGGAGACCAUCCUGGAAAUACUGGAUGAAGAUGAACUAAUUGAGGAACUAUGUCUGACUAAGGUUGCUGCUCCUCAAGCGCUUGAAGAGAGCAAUUCCAGGAUAGAUCACGGGGAGGAGAUGGAGCUUCUGCUGGAAAACUAUUACAGACAAGCAGAAGACCUCGCCAACGUUGCCAGAGAGCUGCGAGUGCUGAUAGAUGACUCGGAAAGUGUUAUAUUCAUUAAUCUGGACAGUCAUCGUAAUGUGAUGAUGAGACUCAACUUGCAGCUGACUAUGGGAACCUUCUCGCUCUCCCUCUUUGGUCUCAUUGGAGUGGCUUUUGGGAUGAAUUUGGAAUCUACGUUUGAAGAGGACCCCCAAGUAUUUUGGUUUGUCACAGGAGUAAUGUUCCUGGGAAGUGGCCUAAUCUGGAGACGUUUGCUUUCUUUUCUUGGGAGACAUCUAGAGCCAUCGAAGCCACCCUCGAUUUUAAAGAGGACAUUUCCUCUUACUGGAAGAACAGACGCAACAAAUGGGCAUAAGGUGUAACCUUCCAGGUCACAGUACAAUGGACUUUAGACACAACUAAAUGGACUACUGGUGAAAGUCUGUUACAGUUACUUUUCACCAUCCGGUAACAGAAGUUUGCACGCCGGUGUGACAACAUAUCAGUUAUGUUGUAUGUGGGGAGAUGAUCCGAAAGCUCAGGCAUUAUUAUGCUUAGGAUUGCGCCUGAGCAUAUUCCCCAAACUCCCAUAUACAAGGUCUCCUUUGAUAGGAUUUUGGGACUAUACACUUCGGUCUGUUCGCAAUGCCGCCAUUUGUCCAGUCACGAUACACAGUCACCAGAGAAGCACGCAAACAAUUUACAAACUGCGAGUUUCAGAAAUACUGCCACCCUUGGCCCGAAAGUCGAUAAUCAUCCCUUUCUCAUACGUCCUAGAGGAUGCUGGGGACUCCAAAAGGACCAUGGGGUAUAGACUGAUCCGAAGGAGCCUGGGCACACUAUAAAGACUUAAACUGGGUGUGAACUGGCUCCUCCCUCUAUGCCCCUCCUCCAGACCUCAGUUACACUUUGUGCCCAGGAGUGACUGGACACACACUAGGGGAGCUCUACUGAGUUUCUCUAAAAGACUUUGUUAGGUAUUUUAUUUUCAGGGAGACCUGCUGGCUACAGGCUUCCUGCAUCGUGGGAGUGAGGGGAGAGAAGCAGACCUACUUCUUCUUAGUUCAAAGGUUCUGUUUCUCGGCUACUGGACACCAUUAGCUCCAGAGGGUUCGAUCACUUGGUUCGCCUAGCUGCUUGUUCCCGGAGCCACGCCGUCACCCCCCCUCACAGAAGCCAGAAGAAAGUAGUCGGGUGAGUAUGAGAAGAACAGAAGACUUCAGUGACGGCAGAAGACUUCAGUAACGGAGGUAACAGUUUGUGCUACGCUCCAUGCUCCCAUACCAAUGGCACUCACAGGGUGCAGGGCGCUGGGGGGGGGGGGGGGGGCGCCCUGGGCAGCAGGUUGCUGAUUUCUUCCUAAGGCUGGCAUAAAAAAGAAAAAAUCAUACCCCCGCCGGCAUAUGGCUGCGCGUCUUUACUUCCCCGACGCCGGCUCCCAUGGGCAGACAUGUAUAGUUAAAAUACGGGGUGGGAACCCUGGUGUGAUUAUUUUUUACUGUCAGUGAUCAUGUUUAACUGUCAGUCUGGCGGUGCCGGGGCUCCGUGUCACGGACGCCCGCCAGCAUGUUGGAGCGCACUACGCGCCUUUUUCCUCCCCGGCUCUCGCGGGUGCAGGGCGCUGGGGGGAGCGCCCUGGGCAGCACUUUACAGUUAGUAUUCAGCUGGCGGUGCCAGGGCUCCGUGUCCCGGACGCCCGCCAGCAUGUUGGAGAGCACUAUGCGCAUUUUCUUCCCUGGCUCGCGGGUGCAGGGCGCUGGGGGGAGCGUGCUGGGCAGCAUUUUAAAGUUAUUAUUUAGCUGGCGGUGCCGGAGCUCCAUGGCCCGGACUCCCGCCAGCGUGUUGUAGCGCACGGGGCGCCAUUUUCCCCACCGCCGCAGGCUCCACCGUGGGUACAGGGCACUGGUGUGGGAGCGCCCUGGGCAGCAGUUAAGGAACUAUCACGGUCGGGGGGAACAUACCCGGACACCGGGUGUCUUCACCCCGCCGGGGCAUCGCAGCGUGCGCGGCGCUGCACUCCACUCGCUCCCACACACCAACGAUCUCCGGGGGUGCGGGGCGCGGGGGGGGGGCGCUCCGGGCUGUGUUGGUACAUUUAGUAUAUACAGGGGGUUAAUACCUGUAUAUAAGCCUCAGUUAAAUUUUGCCGCUUAUGUUUGUGUUUUAGCAGACUUAAGCGCGCCGGGAAGGGGCGGAGCUUAGCCCUCAUAGAGUCGCCGCCAUUUUUCCUUAGAUCCCCGUCAGGGGGGGGCAUAUAGGGUUGUUAUAGGGAGUUGUGUGAUAUUGGACGCAUAAUGCCUCUUUUGUUACAUAAACUGACUGUUUCCCGGUUGUACCCACUAUUAGUUAGUCGACAUAUGUCGGCAGGUGUGAGGGCUUUGUCAUAAGGUGCUGUGGGAAUAACUGUCGGCUUCGCCGGCGCAAGGCGGUACUUGAUUCAGGAAAUUAAGUAUUAGCAGAUGCUUUAAACGUAAACACGAUAGGGGAGAUACAGUUGUUUAUGGAUGCCAGGUCGGCAUCAACGGGUUUUUCCUGGAAAAAGACUUAUCAGGCUGUCAUUGCCUUAUUCCUGUAUAUAUACGUAUAUUUAUAGGUAUAUGUGGGGGGAGUGUUAUCAAAAUUGUAUUUGUCUGCUUCCCUCAGACCCCUCGGGGUUCCGUGGUUAUUAGUAUUUUUGCCACUUGCUGUCGACGGUUACUAAGUUUCUGUCGACCAUACCGUUCCUGCUAGAUCCACAUCGAGGGCAUGUCAGUGCGUGGUCAUACACAUUCGCAACACAUUACUGUCACUAGAGACCUGACAGGUCGGGACAAUCCACUUGCGUAUAGGUUAUAUCUAUAUGUGUGUAUAUAUAUGUAUAUAUAGGUUAUAUAUGCAUGGUUGAGAUAUGUGUCUAUUGUGUGUUCCAUGAUGUAUAUCCAUGAAUGCUGAAAUAUCAUGUGCUGAUCGCUCUGUUGAUUAAGCUCUAGAUUGGCCGGGAAGAGUUGGUUUUGAUCCUCUCAAGGAGUCCAAAUAUUCUUCUCUUCACACGCGGAGAGAUAAUCAUGACGGUCAACUCCUGGUCGACGCAGAGCCCGGUCGCGAGGGAUCAUACACAGGCAGCUAAGUGAAAAAAAAAUUUUUAUAUACACUGCUCAAAAAAAUAAAGGGAACACUAAAAUAACACAUCCUAGAUCUGAAUGAAUGAAAUAUUCUUAUUAAAUACUUUGUUCUUUACAUAGUUGAAUGUGCUGACAACAAAAUCACACAAAAAUUAUCAAUGGAAAUCAAAUUUAUUAACCCAUGUAGGUCUGGAUUUGGAGUCACCCUCAAUAUUAAAGUGGAAAAACACACUACAGGCUGAUCCAACUUUGAUGUAAUGUCCUUAAAACAAGUCAAAAUGAGGCUCAGUAGUGUGUGUGGCCUCCACGUCCUCACUCCGGUGAGCACUCGCCUACUAAUUUUCAGUUAUAGAAAUAGACUAGGACCUGUGAGUUGUUUAUAGAAUCCAAAGGGGAACAGUCUGCCUUACGGUUGUUUUCCCUUACUGUUUUUCUAAUGGAUCUUGCCAUUCCCCUCUAGGGGGGGAAGGUAGUACGCGACGCCAUACAGAGUUGCGUCAGGUUCAGAACGUUGUCUGGUUGUCCCGGUAUAAAGGGGCAAGUCAUUGUCUCUCUCUGCUUGUUCUUCGGUACAGGGAUGGACGGUUGUUUCCAACGAUGCAGUGGUCAAAAGUGGCUUUCGGAGCAGAUACUGACCCCUUAAGGUCCGGCAUUUUUUCUGUCGAAAGAAGUCUGAGGAUCCAGAAUUGGAUCGGCUUUGAGGGAACACCUCAUCAAUAUGUUCUUGCAAUAAGACAGAUGACGGCCUAAGAGGUUUUUGUUUUCGGUGAGCAGGUCUAAUACCAGAGUGGUGUUCAAGGGACCAGUUGGAAGAGUGUGCUGGGUCUCACAUGCGCAUGCACCGGAAUAUAAUUCUAUCGGCCAGGACAUCGCGCCUGUGAGGUCGGCUCGAUUUUUUUCAUUCUAGGGGAAUGAAGGUUCGGGAUCCAGGUUUAGAUCCUGGUGUCCGUGCAUACAGAUAUCCGACGCUGGGGAGCAGCCCUUUGCAAGUGUAUUCCAGAGGAUAAGGUCAAGCUGGGAAGCUUGUCUGUUAUAAGCUUUCUUGAAUUAAGAGCUAUUUUCGACGACCGUAUUCUUCGUGUUUUGCCUGUGUUGGUUCUACCAGAGGACUUGUCAGCAGGGGCGUAAGGGAGCCGCUAUGGCGGAACCAGGAGAAAAGCGGAAAUGGAAGAAGAUGCACAGUUUGCAGUUGAGUGGGAAGUCUGGUGAACGCUAUGUUAGCAGCCUUCGUUCCGGAGGUGGAUGGCGGUGGAAUAGACUUCCUCUGCUGAUGUGAUAUACAGCUGAAAAAGAAAUCCAGUCGUCAUCGAGAAGUUUUUCCAGAUGUGACAAGCUUUUGAGGAGUGUAGCAUUUGGACAUGUUGGCAUCUCGCCUCAGCGAGAGGCCUCGAGGAGAUUGUUCCAGAUCAAGGGACACUCGAGAUAUAUCAGGGGCCAUACUCGCGACACCGUGGGUGUGUUUAGUCGGUCUAUGUGGCCUCUCCGAUUGCACUUUUCGGAUGAUGGUAAGAGUAAGAGAAUCAAAGGUUCCGAUGAUCUUUUUGAAUCCGGUCUAGCCAGCGAGGGUUGGCUGUCUAGUUUUCAUGGUUUACUCAUAGAAGAUUACUGCCCUCUUCCUCUACGUGAGGUUAUGUUACAACGAGAUCACGGCGUGUAGCAUGACUUACUGUGGCUGCGUCUGACGGUGGGGCGAUUGAAUGCCAUAUCCUAAGCCGAACGGGUGUUCCCGGUGAGGUAGUUUCCUCUAUUCUUCAGGCUGGGAGUGAACUAAGGGUAAAGCGUUACCACCGUGGUGGGAGUAGUUAUGUGUCUUGGGUGUAUCCAGGAAGGCUCCUAUGGCAGAUUUUCAGCUAGGUCGCGUUUAUCCAUAUUUUACUAGCCGGUGUGGAGACAAGCCUAAUAGAUUUCUUUACAAGAUUUCUCUCUCGGAAAGUGGUCAGGCUAUUGGUUUUGACGUCCGCAAGGCGGGGGUCGGAAGUGGUGGUUUUGUCUCACGAGUGCCUUAUUGGGUCUUUCAGGUGGAUAGAGAGGAAUUGGGUUCUCGCUUGGUAGUUCUACCAAGAGUGCUUCCGGGUUUCACAGAAAUAUUUUGAUGCUGGUGGUUAAUUAGGCAUUAGCUGAUUCAAUUUCCAUCGGUCUAGCCAGAGUUUUGAGUAUGUAGGUCGCCAAUGUUGGCUCAAUUUGCAGAAACAGAGGCUCGGUUUGUCUCGUAUGUUCCCAACAUGGCUUGGAAGACUGCGUUCUGCAGUCUGUUUCACGGCAGUUUGGCAUGUUCGUUCUACGGCUGGAUUGCCGCUACCGAAGUCGGUGGAGGCCCAUUCUAGUGGAAAGAUGGGCUCUUCUUGGGCUGACGCCGAGGUGUUUGGGCGGUUCAACUUUGUCGAGCGGAUUCUGGGUCGGGAUCAAACGCUUUUGCUAUGCUCUGCAAAUUUGUUGCCCUGUUUGUUUUUGGGGACCUUUGUUGCUUAUUCGGUGCUGCAGAGUCGUGCGCACUCUCCCGCCCGUUUUGGAGCUUUGGUAUAAACCCCAUGGUCCUUUUGGAGUCCCCAUCAUCCUCUAGGACGUAUGAGAAAAUAGGAUUUUGGUACCUACCGGUAAAUCCUUUUCUCUUAGGGGGUCAUUCCGAGUUGUUCGCUCGCAAGCUGCUUUUAGCAGCUUUGCACACGCUAAGCCGCCGCCUACUGGGAGUGAAUCUUAGCAUAUUAAAAUUGCGAACGAAAGAUUAGCAAAAUAGCGAAUAGACACUUCUUAGCAGUUUCUGAGUAGCUCCAGACUUACUCUGCCUGUGCGAUCAGUUCAGUGCUUGUCGUUCCUGGUUUGACGUCACAAACACACCCAGCGUUCGCCCAGACACUCCUCCGUUUCUCCAGCCACUCCCGCGUUUUUCCCAGAAACGGUAGCGUUUUUUCACACACUCCCAUAAAACGGCCAGUUUCCGCCCAGAAACACCCACUUCCUGUCAAUCACACUACGAUCACCAGAACGAAAAAAAAACCUUGUAAUGCCGUGAGUAAAAUUCCUAACUGCAUAGCAAAUUUACUUGGCGCAAUCGCACUGCAGACAUUGCGCAUGCGCAUUAGCGACUAUUCGCUCCGUUGCGACAAAAAAAUAACGAGCGAACAACUCGGAAUGACCCCCUUAGUCCGUAGAGGAUGCUGGGCGCCCGGCCCAGUACGUACUGUCUGCAGUUAUUGAUUUUGGGUACUCCCUGGUGGUGUUUUUUUCUGUCAGGCGGUUGAUACCAUUGUUCAUGCCAGGGUAGGCGGGCUCUUAUUUUGGCUUCUGUGGACACAUGGUUUGUGUUACGUAUUCUCUCAGCAUCUGGCUGGGUUUUGUUCAUGCCGUUAGCUGGUAUUCUACUGAAUGCCACGCUCUACGGUGGAUUUGAGGUGUGAGCUGGUAUGACACUCACCGUGUUUAUAACGAUAAAUUCUUUCCUCGAAAUGUCCAUCUCUCCUGGGCACAGUUUCUAACUGAGGUCUGGAGGAGGGGCAUAGAGGGAGGAGCCAGUUCACACCCAGUUUGUCUUUAUAGUGUGCCCAGGCUCCUGCGGAUCCGUCUAUACCCCACGGUCCUUUUGGAGUCCCCAGCAUCCUCUACGGACUAAGAGAAAAGGAUUUACCGGUAGGUACCAAAAUCCUAUUUUUUGCAACUCUGAUAAAUCGCCCCUUUAACCCAUGACAGCAACGAGUGAUAUGUGUGCAGACGGCCUAUCACACACCUUAUAUAACCACCAAGUCAGCGCACGACAGGUGAUGUACUUCAUAGGCUACACAGUGCUGACAUCUAAAGUAGGAGGUGGUCAUAAUAAUCUAACUCGUACGUGUAUGUAUGGGUAUUCGGUCUAUAGAGCUACAUUAAAAAGGUCAAUAGGUCGACCACUAAUGGUAGACAUGCAUUAGGUCGACAUGUAAUAGGUAGACAGUUCAAAAGGUCAAUAGGGUCAACAGGUCGAUAUGACAAUGGUCGACAUACAUGGUCAACACAAGUUUUUGAUUUUUUUUCAACUUUUUCAUACUGAGCACAGCGAGGCAAAAAAAUUGUAUACUUUUUUUUUUUGUCAUUCAUUUCCAUGUCGACCUUUUGAUUCUGUCUACCUUUUUAGUGUAGAUCUUAUAAUCCACAUGUGUGUGUGUGUGUGUUUGUGUGUGUAUGUAUAUAUAUAUAUAUAUAUAUUAAAAUAUUAGUAUAUAGAUUAAAAUAUUGGUAUAUAGAUACGUAUGUAUAUUGCCAAUGUGCCUUAACAGUUUAAAUAUUCUGCUUCAUUAUGAACCAAGUUGUACUUAUCAUUUGGUGGUUUAUGGUAAAAAAUCUUUGCCAAUGAUGUUAUUGUUGCUGUCUGGAAGAGUGAUUCUGCAUACAGUGAGACUAGUAGUGUACGCUAAUUUCCAGCCAUCAAAAUAAGGAUGGAAUACACAUAUCUUUUUCAGAUAAAUGAGUGUAAUAUUUAAACGUAUUGUUUACCUCCCAUCAACUAGAAUUUACAUAGUUACAUAAAUAUACUGUGAGUGUGCAAAUUAAUAUGCCUUGAUAUGACAGUCGCACUGCAAGCCAAAUCAUAUUCGUUUUUGCUCACAUGAUAUGUUCUUUGAUAUUUAUAUAUAUAUAUAUAUAUAUAUAUAUAUAUAAAUAUCAAUGUGUGUAUGUAUAUGUGCAUAUAUAUAUAUAUAUAUAUAUAUAUAUAUAUAUAUUUUAUUGGAUGUACUUUAUUAAGAGUUCAAGGGCCUGAUUAUGAGUUGGGUAUAAAGUAAAACAUAGCAAGUAACUUUCUACCUGGAAAAACAAUGUUGCAAUGCAGUGGGUGCAAAUUAAUUUAUUUGUCUGCAUGCAGGGUGAAUACUGACUGUUUUUGCAUGUAACCCACACAUGCUGGUCAGCUUUUUUGUACACAGCAAUUUAAAUCUCAGUUUGGACACACCCUUCUCCAAUCCAAUACCGCUUUCACACACACGUCUUGACAAAAACCUGCCUCUGACCUAGAUCUAUUAGCCUGGCUACAACCCAGAUCUCCGCCCGAGGCCCCCUUUCAUACUACACCGUGUACCUGGGUAAUUCCCGUGUCAGACACGUUCACAUUGAACCUGCGUCAGCCUGGGAUUUUGUGUGUCCUUAAAGGGAACACUUCUUUUUUCUUUUUCUUUUUUGUCUCACAAUAAUGAGAUAAUUGAAGCUGGGUGGUGACCUGGCUGAUGGGCAGGGACUGUAUUGUUGUGAACAUGGCUAAAGAGUUGCUACUCAGUAGCUUGGAGCUCCUGGUUUACAGCAUUCAUUUGCAGUUUCACAUUAAACUGGUGCAGCUGCUGACACUAUGGUGGUCAUUCUGAGUUGUUCGCUAGCAGUUUUCGUUUGCAGCGCAGCGUUUAGGUAAAAAAGUGGCAUUCCUGCGCAUGCAUAUGCGACACAAUGCGCAUGCGCGACGUACUUUCACAAAAUCCGAAGUAGUUUCACACGAGGUCUAGCGACGCUUUCCAGUCGCACUGCUGGCCGCAGAGUGAUUGACUGGAAGUGGGUGUUUCUGGGAGGUAACUGACUGUUUUCGGGGAGUGUGUGGAAAAACGCAGGCGUGUCAGAUACAAACGCAGGCGUGCCUGGGGAAACGCAGGCGUGGCUGGCCGAACGCAGGGCGUGUUCGUGACGUCAAAACAGGAACUAAACAGUGAUCGCUAGCUAGGAGUAGGUCUGGUGCUGCUCAGAAAAUGCACAAUCUUUUUUUUGUAGCCACUGUGCGAUCCUUUCGUUCGCACUUCUGCUAAGCUAAGAUACACUCCCAGAGGGCGGCGGCUUAGCAUUUGCACGGCUGCUAGCGAGCGAACAACUUGGAAUGAGGGCCUAUGUUAUUGUACAUUGCACAGUGUCAUUUCAGAAGAAGGAGGUGCAAUUCUGCUGAACAACUGUCAAAGGGGGCGUGUCCUCGCAGCGAUCCCACAGGAAUCGGUGGAAUUGGGAGAUGCCAAAAGCCGGUACACAGGCCCUUUUUGGCCGGUACAGACCAUAAAAAAAGGGUAUGCACUGCACUUCUUUGUUCCAUCUAACCAGUGGUGCUGCUGUGUCUGCCCAGUGUGUCUCCUUCAGCAUCUGCACUGGUGCUGCAGGUGCCACACUAUGUGUCCUGCUGUGUCUGCCUCACUGAGGACUCUGCUGUGUGUGUCCCCUGUGAUGUGGUCCAGCACCUGCAGUUGAUGUCAUCUGCAGUCGCACCAAACAGCCAACAGAGCAACCUGGGUAGCAUCCACUCUCCCUACAGAAAACCCUGGUCCUGGGCCGGAUCACGGAUCCAGUCACUCGACCCGGGUUGGGUCUUUUCAACAUAACCAGGACCCAGGUCAAGGCACAUCACCAGCAAAACCCAGGUUUUUGGCGAACAGUAUGUAAGGGGGUAUUAAUCUCUCACACAUUUUCCAUCUACCCCACCUGCAGUGCAGCAGGGUUUUGCCCCAGUACACCGCUACCUGCACUGUUUGCUUAAUUCCCACCUCAGAAUCCGACCCUAAGCUCUCUUAUAUUUAUUAUGCUUAAAAACUAUUUUUAUGUCAGUAGUAAUUUUUAAUAUUAUAAUUCAAACCUGAUAUCUCAAAUCAGCUAGAACAGCUGAAAGGUAAAAUUAAACCUUAAUUUACUUAAAUAUAUUUAGAAUUUGUACUAAAAAUAAAUGUGUAAAAGAAGAAUUAAUAGGCUGUGUAUUAUUAAAUGCACGGAACACCAUUGUGCCUCAUCAGGAAAGCACUUAGAACAGCCGUGAAGCUGCUCCUGUGUAUGUCUAUCAACAAAUGUACCUAUAUGUAUUUUAUGAAGAACACACCAUGAAGACCUCCCAGACCAAUACCACUCACGUUGGGAAGAAAACCCCUCUCAAAAAAGAGACUUUAAAUCCCUCCAUUGCUGUAAGAUACCCUGACUAUGUCUCCCAUUAGUUCAGUCCUGGACCAGUCAGAUCGAUGGAUUCUGCAGGUAGUUUCCAUGGUACUUCCCCCUUUUUUUCACUUUCUGGACCCCAGGGAUCCCACCAGAUUGCAGCCAGUAUGACUUUUAGCUCUCAAUAUCAGCAGUUCCUUCUGUUCUGUACUAGAUCUCAAAGCCCUUAGUGGACUCACUUGACCCAUUGCAAAUCACUUCGGUUUUGCCAUCCCACUUAGAGGUGCACAACCACUUUCCGGUUAUGGAGACUUUGCAAACUAGAGGUGCACCUAGGUAUGCAGAGAGGCUAAAAUAUUGGAAGAGCCACAUUGUACAAAGUGUAACAGUACAUAGAAGUCCAACCUCCUACCGCUUCACAACCAUUAAUUUCCUUACAGUGCAGAUGGUCUCCUUUGUAAUAUGCUGAGCCGAUCUGAACUAGCUCAGAAGUUGUUCAAAUAUAAUGGAUAUUUGCAGCAUACAUCUGCCUUGUCUCCUUCUCGUUGUCUUUGCACUUCUUCCUUUCAGUCAUUCAAGCGAUGCAACCUCAGGGCUUCAUAACCCAUCGUCAUGUACCAGUAUGGGAGGUUCUCAUUUUCCCAGGGCUUUCAAGUAGUUAAUAACAGUUAAGGAGGGGUAGUACGUUCCUUUCUUUCAAGUUCCCUAUUUAAUAUGGGCGGUGCAUAAAUAUGGUUUGUGUUUGGCCUUGGAGAAGAAGAUGUAUCAAAAAAGUGUACAAUGCGCUGUUCCUGAUAAUUAUCAUUAUGAAACUGAAAACUAAGCCACUGUUACAAAUUAAUAUGCGUGUUCCAACUGUUGGGCAUAGCAUCACUCCAAUGAGCUGACUCGUCCUAGCCUCUUGUAAAGGCCUCAGUGACCGAUUUCGGUGCCAGUAUACCUCGUCACUUCACCAUAGAGCAAUCGGACCUUACUAUGCAGGAAACCCUUCUCUGAGCAUUCCCAGUGCAGUUGUCUUCAUUUCAGGAGAGGCUUUGUGACCAGAAAACAACAAUGACCCCUGUCUCACCAUGAGCGUUCCAAGCGGCAGACAUGCAGUUAGCUUGUACUGAAUCACUUGGGUUUUUAUUUAUUGCUAAACUUUAGGUUGUCCACUAAUAGUUUACAAAUAAGACAAAUAAUAAUGGUGUUUUUUCUCUCUGUUAAAGGUAUAACAGUUGUAUAUGAAAACUUCAUUAGGAUAAUAAGCAGUGGGGCUUCAAUUCAACAGAGCAAAAAUAUGUAACUUUUUUAACAAAUUGGAUAGUUUAUUCAAAACAUUUUUAGGUCAUAAACUAACAUUUAUUUGUAAGGAAGAAAAUAUCUUCUCUGAUAUAGAAUAAAAUAUUUUUAUACACAAA